CUUGGUUACUUCCCGCCAUGCGACUCCUUCAACUUGAAGUUUGACAAACAAUUACUGUUACUCAUGCAGUCCAGCGCACGCGAACAAUGUCUCCAAAAGACACCCGUUCGUGAGGCUAGCAUCUCUACCUUCUCCUCUUUGUCAGUGCACGGUCUUGGAUAUUCUGGAGACAACCCAGCAAAAAUUACCUUUUCUCGCUCCCAAUCAUUUCCAGCUCCCCGCUAUGUCCGGUCAUACGUUCCCUUACCACGAAUUGAGAGCUGGGCACCCCUGUCUCUUCCGAACAACGGCGGUCACCUUGAGAUAGAGUUGACGAACAAAAUAUCCGAAGGAAGAGUUGGUCUGGUGUACUCUGCCCGCGUUAUUCAUGAUACGACUCACUCGGACCUUCCUGAACUUUGCGUUAAAGUGGUAAAGGCUGAGUAUGGCAGGACUUUAGCGCGAGAAGCGUGGUUUUAUGAGCAGCUUGCUCUUGAACCGGGAUGCGAAGGAGUUAUUUCACCGCGCUGUUUUGGGUUCUUCACCAUUCCUCUUAAAGACUGUUUUGAUGCCAACGGACGGCCUGUUUCGCCCAUCGAACCUUGGGAGAACAUUGAGCUUCACAGUCCGAAGUCAAAUUAUGAUGACACCGACGAGUCAGACGACGAAGAAAUCACAGAUGAACAGGGCGCCUCAGACUGGUGGCUUCCUGACGAUCCGUCGUAUCUUGACAAGUACUUCAAGGACGAUGACGGUUGGAAGAGCGGGUCGCCUUGGAAUGAAUGGCGAGCUUCACCGUCGGAUCCGCUAAUAUGCGUCCUCGUACUGGAAAAACUAGGAGAGGCAUUCUCUUCCCCAAAAAAACAAGAAGAGGAAGAACUCAACGAUAUCCGCGACGUCGUCCAUGACCUAGGUUCCAUCGGAAUAAUGCACAAAGACCUCCGAUAUAACAAUAUUGUACGAGCAACUACUGAUGCGAUCUGUCCCCGCCAUCAACGUCCGCACCGCUGGCGGCUGAUAGAUUUCGACAUGGCGGCGAAGACAUUUGUUACGCCUGCAGUACCAGCUGAUGCCAAAUACGCUAUGUUACAAGUCGAGCUAGUCGGUAGAGCUUACUUCUGGGGAUGGGUCUAGAUAAAAGCCUCCAUGCUGGAGAGGCUUAUCAAGGGAAGAGGUGAUGUGUACCCUGAGACAGUGGGCCAGUGUGGGUGGAAUAACCUAUAUAGUGCCUUCCUUCGGAAAAUGUGACACGACAUUAUUGGCCACAACCUAAUCGAC